AUGGACGACCCGUACAUGAUGGAGCCGCCCAAGGGGCAGGACAGAUGGGAAGCCGGUAGCCGGGCUACUGCACAGAUCAUACUUGGAGCGUGUCUUUUCACGCUGGCGACUAUUGUGUAUGUAAUGCGGAUUGUUACAAGAGUAAGACUCUUGAAGAAUCCUCUUCGUCUUGAUGACUUCCUCACUGGUGCUUCUCUGAUAGCGUGUUGGGUGUUUUACGCUUGCACGAUGGGCAUGGUUGCUCAGGGCGGCUGUGCUACCAACUUCUGGCAGGUCAAACAAUCAUCAUAUGAAGCAUUACUCAGGUGGACUGUCCCUGUCAACAUCUUCUACAUGCUCUCGUCCGACCUUGCCAAGAUUUCCCUUUUAUUCUUCUACCUACGUCUGUCUCCCGAACGAAACUUCCGUAUCGCCAUCUACAUCUUAGUCAGUCUCUUCGGCCUUUACGCCCUGAUCUAUGCCAUGAUCAGCCUUUUUGGCUGCCAGCCUAUCAAGGCCUCUUGGGAUCUCGCCGCCCAAGCGACGGGUAAAUGCGUGGAUAAGUUUGGCUUCUUCUUGGCUGCAUCGGUCGCAAAUGUUGUUAUGGACUUGGUGAUUCUUCUUCUUCCGUUGCGCAUCGUUAUUCCGCUGCAGAUUCCGAGGCGUCAGAAGAUGUCGCUCUUAUUUCUUUUCACAACAGGUGGCUUUGUGAUAAUCGUCGCCAUUUACAACUGUGUCCUGACUGUCAAACUCUUCAGCAGUCCGAACUACACGUGGGGUCUCGCAUAUGAGCUCUGCUGGAUGUACGCCGAGUUGACUGGCUGUGUCAUCUGCGCAUCUGCCAGCUCUCUUAAACCCUUCUUCAAGAGAAUCCUGCCAGGUAUCUUCAACAGUCACGGCGCUAGCUAUGGUGGCCCUUCCGGAGCUACAGGCGAAUCGCAUGCCAUCAAAAGUAGCAGAAGGCAGCUCAGCCGCAAGCAAGCAGAUGCUAUCGAGCUUCAGUCAGGUGAUGACUCUGAGUCAGGAAGGAAGGUCACCGAUGAUGACGAGGCUACUCUCUGGCCCAAGCCGCAACAAAGCUUCGACAAUGGUUACCACAAGGUUUUGGUGUCUGGGCCUGGUGGUUACUCUGGUGAUGGAGCGGCAAAUAACAUCUCUAGAUACGGCAAGAAUGGUAGGACAGAUGGCAUCGAGAUUGUGUCGACAACGGAGGUCAAGUACAGUUCUAGAUAG